AUGCCAGAAUGGUGGUGCAAGGACGACGCGUUUUGCAGGCGCGACCAUGGGCCCGGGCACUAUUGCGCCACUUUCCAGCCGGAUUCCCCGUUCAACAGACGGUGUGAGAAGGUGCCGGAACGGAAAUGCGUGGAUGACUAUGAUUGCUGGAAGCUUUCGCUAGGUUCUGCCUGCAAGAUGAAGCAGUACCGCUUUGAAAAGCCCUUGCACAUCUCAUCACCCGUGAACCUCUGCUCCGCUAUGCUACUACCGCCCAGACACAACACUGUUUGCGUAACUGACACCUCUUGUAUAGAGAGAAACGGGCCAGGGUACUAUUGUCACCACUUUCUGCCAAAAAAUCCUUAUGGGAGUCGGUGCGAGAAGCUGUUGGCAGAUGAGUGCAUCACGGCCGUUGACUGCGGCGAGCUCAGGAAGGGCGGAUGUCAGGGAUACUCCGAAGGGCUCCCUGGCUACUGCGCCUUC